CUAGGUAGUGGGUAUAGGGAUGUACCCUGUAAAAUUCUUUUCAUUUUUCUGAAUGUUUGAAAUUUUUCAUAAAAAAAUGUAGGAGGGCAAUAUUUGAGGGUCCCUCCAUAGACUGGGAAGGGAGUAGCAGGGGGCGUUGUAUAACAUUCGUCUCAUUUAUGGAGCUGAUUAUGGACCGAGCCCUUUUCUAGGCACUGGGUUUUGACUACGCUUGUUACUCAGCUGGUCCACAUUCACACGGCUGCACUGGAUGUUAAAACCUGAAAUAUUUCCCCACCGUUUGGUAAAUGCUUGCCAUUUUGAGUCCUCUCCCUCUCCUCCCACCCCAAGACACACUGACCUCCCUCCCGGGAUCCCAGAGCACCCCACCAUCCAGUGAUGAAAGAAUUCACAACUGGCACAGAAAGAAGCCUUGGGUCCAUUCUGAUUGGCGAGGGUCUCUGCCAUACUGGUUGCAAAUAUUUUGAACAUUACCCCUGAACUGCAGCAGCCUUGAGCCUUAUCUUCCUCCCUGCCAGAGGCCAGGCCAUGGCCUGCUGGCCUCCUGCAUCCUGAAGAUGGCCCAGCCAGAGGACCAGGCCUUGGCAGGCCCCACCGAUGGCGAGAGACUGGUCCCAUCACAGGAGAAUGGAGCAGGCGAAAUCUGCUUAGGGACCCUUGGAGCCCCAGAGCCACUUCUUCGACUGCAGAGGACAUGGGGGGUGUGGCAGAUCCCAGAGCUGGAGGCCCAGGGUGCAGAAGCCCUUCUGGAGCUGUGGCCACCGGGGAGUUUCCUGGUCACAGGACAUGACCCCAGCCAGGUCCUGGUGUUGCGGACAGGACCUUCACCAGGGGAAGUCAACACCUACCAGAUCCAGAAGCUUCCUGGAGGUGUGUCCCUGGAGUCCUCUAACCUCUGCAUGCCAGACCUGCCCCAUCUCCUGGCCUUCCUAUCAGCCAGCAGGGAUGUUUUGCCCAGAACGCUACUCUUGCCCCCUCCCACUCUAGGACCUGGGGAACAGCACACAGAUCCUCUACAGAUUGGCAGUGUCCAGCUCAAUACCUCAGGGAGGAUGUUCUUUGUGAUGAACAAGCUCUACCUGGAGUCGCACAGAGGGCAGGGGAUGGAACAGACUCCCCCAGAGACACCUCCAGAAACUACCAAGAAAAAUGAUCCAGCCCCCAGGAACCCCAGCCCUCAUCGGGUCUCUUGGGUCGAAGGCCCACUCAGCCCAGAAGUAGACCAUCCUGGGCUAGCUCUGGCCAGCCUGGAGGAGGAGGAGGAAGAGGAGGGUGACGACUACAAAGAUAAAGAAGGACUAGAGGAUGUGCUUACUAGUCAUAUCAGGGCCCUGGCUAUGGCCCGGAGCAGCUAUGUGGCCAGGCAGUUCCGAGGCCUUCAGGCCCGUGUCAUCUCAGACGCCGGAGGCUCCCACAGGCCUGGGGACCCUGCCACGGAGCUGCUUCAGGAUGUGCGGCACUUCCUUACUGACCUCCAGGAUCACUUAGCAAAGGAUCCCAAUGUCAGGGCUGUCUUUGGGAGCAGAGGGCCUGGGCUCCCCCAGAAGGACGAGGAUCUUGGCCCCGCGGUGGAGACGGCCUUGUGCCGGGCGGUAUUGGCGCCCCUGAAGCCAGCCCUGUGGACGCGACUCCGCACGCUCCGCGCCCCAGAGUUGCGGCGACUGCGGAGGCGCCAAACAGCCCUGCGGGCAGGGGCGGGGCCUCCCGGGGCUCAGGGGGCGGGGCCUGAGGGGCAGGGCCUCGCCCCCGCCCCCACCCUACGGAGCCGCGUCCACUCACGCCUCCGGCACCUUCACGCUGCCUGUGCCCCACGCCGUAAGGUGGCGAUGCUGCUGGCGGUGUGCAGUGACAUCUACGCGGGCCUGGCUUCCGGCGAGAACCAAGAGCCCCUGGGCGCUGAUGCCUUCCUCCCAGCGCUGACUGAAGAGCUUAUCUGGAGUCCAGACAUUGGGGAGACACAGCUGGAUGUGGAGUUUCUUAUGGAGCUCUUGGAUCCUGAAGAGCUACUGGGAGAAGUUGGGUACUACCUGACCACAUGGUUUGGGGCACUCUACCACAUUGCCCACUACCAGCCUGAGGCAGGAUGGGCGCCCAAGCGGCUCAGUUCCGAGGCCAGUGCCUCCCUGCGCCAGUGGCACCGCAGGCGGACGCUGCAAGGACAAGGCCACUCCAGAGCCCAGGCUGACCUGCCCUUUGAGGAACCCUGGGGAAUACAGACUGUGCCAGGAGACCAAUGAUGAAUAGGAGUCUCAAGCCUUUCUGCUCUUCAAGCAAGAUGCAUGGGCACCUGUUGUUUAGGGGCAGCAAGGAGGCGGAGAUCCCAGGAAAAGGGAACAACCUACCUCUGGGCCUUUGCAUUGGCUGUUCCUGCUUCCUGGAAUGCCCUUCCCUAAUAUCUACACUGUUCCUUCUCUCCCUUCUUUCAGAUCUUUAGGCAGAUUUCAUAGUCUCAGUGAAGCUCUCUCAGACACAUCUGUCUAAAACUGUAUAACUCCUCUCCCUUGACCCUCCCUGUAGAAGGCAGAAUGAUGCACACCGCCCCCCCAAUGUCCUCUUCCCAAUCCCCAGAAUCUGUGACUAUGUUACUUUACAUGGUAAAAGACUCUACAGAUGUGAUUAAAUUAAGGAUCUUAAGAUGGGGAGGUUAUCCUGGAUUCUGGUGGGCCCAAUGUAAUCACAAGUGUCCUAAUAAGAAGGAGGCAGGAGGGUCAGUCAGAGGAAGAGAAGUGAUGAUGCAAGCAGAGGUUGGAGUGAGGGCCAGGGGCCAAAGAAUGCAGGCACCCUCUAGACGCUGAAAAGAACAAGGACUGGAUUUUCCCCUGGAACCUCCAGCAGAAACUCAGCCUUUGGUUUUAGACCCCUAAGAUCUAUUUUGGACUUUUGACCUUCAGAACUGCAAAAUAAUAAAUUGGUGUGUUUUUUAAGCCACUAA